AUGCGAACCUCCAAAAUCUUUGGGACUGGCAAAGAAGAAGCGGAAGAGUCAACGCCUCCUCCAUAUUCGUUGGUUGCCGACGGUGGACUCGUGGCAGAAUCAGGGAACGUGCAAGGGGAUGGCCGAGUUAAUGUGAAUCUCGAAUCCAAGAUCGCGAGAACGCUCGCCAAAAUCAUCGACUUGCAGCAAGAAGACAUCCACAAUCCACCUCCCGACUAUAUCGACCUUACCAAGAAAGUGACCUCAUGUGAACUGAAACUGAAUAUUGUGAUUCAAAUUGUCGGCAGUCGUGGAGACGUUCAGCCUUUUAUCGCGCUCGGAAAUGAAUUACAAAAGCAUGGCCAUCGGGUUCGAAUUGCCACACACGGUGUCUUUGCCGCCUUCGUACAAGAGUCAGGCUUAGAAUUCUACUCAAUUGGCGGAGAUCCUACAGAAUUGAUGGCAUUCAUGGUCAAAAAUCCUGGGUUGAUUCCACAAAUGAAGACACUCCGCGAAGGGGAGGUGCAAAAGAAACAGGAUAUGGUAGCAACAAUGCUCGAUGGGUGCUGGAGAUCUUGCAUUGAAGAUGAUCCAAUCACCAAAGAGCCAUUUGUUGCAGACGCCAUAAUUGCCAAUCCCCCUAGCUUUGCACAUGUUCAUUGUGCACAGGCUCUAAGCAUUCCUGUCCAUCUGAUGUUUACGAUGCCGUGGAGUAGUACCAGGGCGUUUCCACAUCCUCUCGCCAAUCUGAAUUCCUCUGCUAUGGAUCCUCGCACUGCAAAUUGGGUUUCUUAUGGAGUUGUCGAGUGGUUAACAUGGCAAGGGCAAGUUCACUCAUGGAAUCUGGAGCCUAUCCCCGCGACAGAAGGACCCGGCCUCGCUGAAGCAUUGAAAAUACCGUGCACAUAUUGUUGGUCUCCUGCCCUUGUGGCAAAACCACAGGAUUGGCCAAGUCACAUCGAUGUCUGCGGAUUUUUCUUCAGAGAUUCCCCAUCAUAUUGCCCACCCUCAGAGCUGCAGGAGUUUCUACAGGCUGGUCCACCUCCUGUCUAUAUCGGCUUCGGUAGCAUUGUGGUUGAGGACCCCCAAAAGCUAAUAGACACCGUUGUUCUCGCAGUGGUAAAGGCAGGUGUACGUGCUAUCAUUUCAAAGGGCUGGAGUGGGCUAGUUGGAAGUCCAAACCCGAAUAUCUACUAUAUCGAUGACUGCCCGCAUGAGUGGCUCUUUCAACAGGUCGUUGCAGUGGUUCACCACGGGGGUGCUGGAACUACAGCUUGUGGUCUCAAAAAUGGCCGACCGACUGCCAUUGUGCCCUUUUUUGGCGACCAACCUUUCUGGGGCAACAUGAUUGCUAGAGCUGGGGCUGGACCGAGACCCAUUCCAUUUGCAUCUCUCGAAUGUGAGAGACUGACCGCUGCUAUCCAAUUUUGCCUCACCCCAGGGGCAACAGAAGCCGCACGUAAGGUAGCCGUCAAAAUGCAGACCGAAUUGGGUGUAACAGCCGCAGUGGAAUCGUUCCAUCGAAACCUUUCUGUAGACAAAAUGAGGUGCAAUUUAAUGCCACGCCAGGUUGCAGUCUGGAGGUACAAAAAGGGCAAGAGCGACUUGAACCUCUCAAAUGCGGCGGUGCAGAUUUUGCUUGAACAUCAAAAGAUAAAUGAAAAGCAUCUUCAGUUUCACGUCGUCAAUCCAAUUGUUAUUGAACAUCGCCGAUGGGAUCCCAUAACGGGAAUGUUGGCUGCAGCUACGACAACCGGGUCAACUAUGCUGCAAUCGACAGUCGAUAUGGUUUACAACCCAUACAAAGAAUACAAACGUGGUCGCUCUCCAACCCCAUCAGCCAGGGCCUCCCCUCGCAGCCCGCUUUCGCGGGAACCCUCGUCAACAAGACUAUCUGUACCUGACGACGCAAACUCGCAUAAUCCUCGGUCCCCAUCCGUUGAGCCUGGAUCCAAAAGUGGACCCGACAAAAGCAGAAAUGGGCUAUCUGUCGCAGGUAGCAUGGCAGGCGCGACAAUGAAAGGCUUUGGCAGAUUCACCGGAUCAUACUUCAAAGGAGUGAUAGUCGACAUUCCACAUGCCGCCGCAGAAGGAUUCCGACAGGUCCCGCGAUUAUAUGGGGAAAAGCCCAAGGAUUACGGCGCAAUUCAGGAUUGGAAGUCCGGAGCUAUCGUUGGCGGUAGGAAUUUCAUGGAUGGCAUGAGUGAUGGCUUCACCGGUCUCUUUACACAACCUGUCAAUGGGGCAAAAGAAGAAGGUGCUCUAGGCGCAGUCAAAGGAUUUGCCAAAGGUACUAUUGGGCUUGCAACAAAGGUCCCCUCUGCGGGAAUCGGACUGGUGGCUUAUCCUUUUCAAGGAAUCGCUAAAAGCAUUGAGGCGGCCUUUCGUGCAAAGAGCCACAAAGCCAUAGUCGGUGCACGACUAAAAAAUGGGUAUUAUGAAACAAGCAAGAUGCAGAUGACGGAUGAAGAGAGGCGUGAGAUUCUGCACUCAUUUGAUACAUUUUCAUGGUCAUCGAAUACAUAG